CUCUCUCUGCCACGGCCAUGCGUUUCAGCAAUAAUGUUUGCAUGUGUUUGCAUGCGUCUUUCGCGCAACAUGGCGACCGGCAAGGGUCUUGCCGCGAUUCUUCGCCCAAAGACCAUCAACCUGCUCGGGAACAAUAAGCUGAAUAAGAUCUCGCGCGGCGUUUUGCAGCAAUGCAGUGCGUGCCAGCGACACAUGGUGAUCGUCGCGUCGACUGUCGGUGGCUGGAAUCGCGAAAAAAACAUAGGAACAAUAGUGCAACCACACAGGGCCAUACACUUGACAAAUAGAUUGUUGAGGCGUAACUAUUACGAAAUCCUGGGUGUCUCCAAAAAUGCCUCGUCAAAAGACAUAAAGAAGGCUUAUUAUCAACUCGCGAAAAAGUAUCAUCCCGACACGAAUAAAGGAGAUCCGGACGCCAACAAGAAGUUUCAAGAAGUUUCCGAGGCGUACGAAGUAUUGAGCGACGAUACCAAGAGGAAAGAAUAUGAUACGUGGGGCGCAACUUCGGAGCAAAUGGGUAUGGGAAUGGGCCAGGGUCAGGGGGGACCCAAGAGCUACAAUCAGCACUGGCAAUAUAGAUCGACCAUUAAUGCCGAAGAGUUGUUCAGAAAAAUAUUCGGCGACGCCGGGUUCCAAAGUGGGGCCUUCAGUGAUUUUGAAGAUUUUACAGAAACAAAGUACGGUUUUGGGGCAGCUCAAGAGGUGAUAAUGAAUUUAACGUUCUCUCAAGCCGCCAGAGGUGUGAAUAAGGAUAUCAACGUGAACGUAGUGGACACUUGUCCGAAAUGCGGAGGUUCGCGCUGCGAGAUAGGAACUAAGCCAGCAAAAUGUUUUUAUUGCAACGGUACGGGAAUGGAGACGAUAUCUACCGGUCCUUUUGUAAUGAGUUCGACUUGUCGGUACUGUCAAGGCACAAAAAUGCACAUCAAGUUCCCUUGCACGGAGUGCAACGCGAAAGGACAAACGGUACAACGUAAGAAAAUAACGGUGCCGGUUCCAGCCGGAGUAGAGGACGGUCAAACGAUCCGUAUGGCACUGGGCAAGAAAGAGAUAUUCGUGACAUUCCGUGUGGAGAAGUCCCGGUACUUCCGCCGUGACGGGCCCGACGUGCACACGGACGCAGAAGUCUCCCUCGCGCAGGCGGUGCUGGGUGGUACGAUACGAGUGCAGGGCGUAUACGAGGAUCAGACUAUACAAAUAAUGCCGGGUACGUCCUCCCACACGCGAAUCCGUUUGACCGGCAAGGGAUUGAAGAAGGUCGACGGAAUGGGUUACGGCGAUCAUUACGUAAACGUCAAGAUAACCGUGCCUAAACAAUUGACGGAAAAGCAGCGAGCAUUGUUUCAAGCGUACGCCGAACUCGAAACCAACACCCCCGGCAGUAUACACGGUGUAACGUAUAAAACGGAUGGUACGAAAGAGUGCUAUUCAGGUCCAUUGCACCUGGUGGAAUCUAUACGAAUAGCGUUAGGAAAUACGCCUAAUCGCGAAAUCCAGUCAUCUUCUGAGCCCGAGCAUCCAGGAGACAAACCUCUCGACAACAGGUCCGUGCAUACCAAAGAUACGUCAGACGUCGUUGGCAAAAAUGACACUAACGCCGGAAUGCAACGACAGAAAGUGCCCCAGUAAUCGCGAGCGUCAAAAGAAAUCUGUAAAGAUCUAGAAAAUGCUGUGCUUGUGUUGUUACGUUACUAAUACGUAAAUCGUAUAUACGCUAGCCUACAUCAUCGACAAUGGGAGUUUGGGCCUGAAAUUAUGUACACUUUCGAUCAAGUUAGGAGAGAAAAAAAAAAGAGAAAAAAAAAAACGAGCAUGAAGAUUAUCGUUACGAGCGAUCAAGUGAUGCCACAGCCUGAUGCCGCUUAGAUAACGUAUAGCUGUACAGUCGUAUCGUAGCGUAUAAAUUUGUCUUUAUUACAUCUUGAUUAAAUAAAGGGAGUACAUGAAGAUAUAAAUAUAGCUGUUAUCUGUUCAUCUUAGUCGAGACGAUGUUUGUAAAAUAUACGACGAUAUAUUUGUAAAAUAAAUUCUGCUCAACACGUAUCUCUUUGCAUAUACCUAGAAAUGCACGUAUUUACGUUCUUUCGUGUGGAUUAUUCAAUCUUCAUUUUUUUUUCUCGUCUUACGAGCAACUCUGUUGGAUAUAAAUCAUACGAGAAAUGUUGGCUAUACGAAGAUAUAGCCUAUCUGGUUUGACCAUGUAGCUAUUACGCGUUUUAUCUUGCGAAAUAAAAGAUUAUCUGAAACGUA